CCCCGGCGCCGGGAAGACUCUCAUGCGCCGGGCGCGGCGGCGCCUCCCCGGAUCCAAGCUUCUCCCGGCUGCCUGGCCGCGCUCCUGCCGCUGAGAGCGCCCUGCACCCGCGGCCGGCGAUGCGGGACCCCGGCGCGUCUUCCUCGCGCUCGCCCCUCGGCCUGGGCACGCUGGUGUUGGCGCUGCUGGGCGCUCUGCCCGCGGGCACCGGGGCGCAGUCGCACCACAGCGAGAGGGGCAUCUCGGUGCCUGACCACGGCUUCUGCCAACCCAUCUCCAUCCCGCUGUGCACGGACAUCGCCUACAACCAGACCAUCCUGCCCAACCUUCUGGGCCACACGAACCAGGAGGACGCGGGCCUCGAGGUGCACCAGUUCUACCCGCUGGUAAAGGUGCAGUGUUCCCCCGAGCUGCGUUUCUUCCUGUGCUCCAUGUACGCGCCCGUGUGCACCGUGCUCGAUCAGGCCAUCCCGCCGUGCCGCUCCCUGUGUGAGCGCGCCCGCCAGGGCUGCGAGGCGCUCAUGAACAAGUUCGGCUUCCAGUGGCCCGAGCGGCUGCGCUGCGAGAACUUCCCCGUGCACGGUGCCGGCGAGAUCUGCGUGGGCCAGAACACGUCGGAUGGCUCCGGGGGCGCCGGCGGCGGGCCCACCGCCUACCCCACGGCGCCCUACCUGCCGGAUCUGCCUUUCACCGCUCUGCCUCCGGGCGCCGCCGACGGCAGGAGCCGCUCCGCCUUCCCCUUCUCGUGCCCCCGCCAGCUCAAGGUACCCCCCUACCUGGGCUACCGCUUCCUGGGCGAGCGCGACUGCGGCGCCCCGUGCGAGCCGGGCCGCGCCAACGGCCUCAUGUACUUUAAGGAGGAGGAGAGGCGCUUCGCCCGCCUCUGGGUGGGCGUGUGGUCGGUGCUGUGCUGCGCCUCGACGCUCUUCACCGUGCUCACCUACCUGGUGGACAUGCGGCGCUUCAGCUACCCGGAGCGGCCCAUCAUCUUCCUGUCGGGCUGUUACUUCAUGGUGGCUGUGGCGCACGUGGCCGGCUUCCUGCUGGAGGACCGCGCCGUGUGCGUGGAGCGUUUCUCGGACGACGGCUACCGCACGGUGGCGCAGGGCACCAAGAAGGAGGGCUGCACCAUCCUCUUCAUGGUCCUCUACUUCUUCGGCAUGGCCAGCUCCAUCUGGUGGGUCAUCCUAUCUCUCACUUGGUUCCUGGCGGCCGGCAUGAAGUGGGGCCACGAGGCCAUCGAGGCCAACUCGCAGUACUUCCACCUGGCCGCGUGGGCCGUGCCGGCCGUCAAGACCAUCACCAUCCUGGCCAUGGGCCAGGUGGACGGGGACCUCCUCAGCGGCGUGUGCUACGUGGGCCUGUCGAGCGUGGACGCGCUGCGGGGCUUCGUGCUGGCGCCCCUAUUCGUCUACCUCUUCAUCGGCACGUCCUUCCUGCUGGCCGGCUUCGUGUCGCUCUUCCGCAUCCGCACCAUCAUGAAGCACGACGGUACCAAGACGGAGAAGCUGGAGAAGCUCAUGGUGCGCAUCGGCGUCUUCUCGGUGCUCUACACGGUGCCUGCCACCAUCGUGCUGGCCUGCUACUUCUAUGAGCAGGCCUUCCGCGAGCACUGGGAGCGGACCUGGCUCCUGCAGACGUGCAAGAGCUACGCUGUGCCCUGCCCGCCCGGCCACUUCCCGCCCAUGAGCCCCGACUUCACCGUCUUCAUGAUCAAGUACCUGAUGACCAUGAUUGUGGGCAUCACCACCGGCUUCUGGAUCUGGUCGGGCAAGACCCUACAGUCGUGGCGCCGCUUUUACCACAGACUCAGCCACAGCAGUAAGGGGGAGACUGCGGUAUGAACCCCGGCCCCUCCCUCUCGCCGAGUCGGGGAUGGGAGAGAGGCGCCUGAGCCAAAGGACUGCGGGGUUGGGGGGGGGGGGCUUGAUUCGCACCCCCUCCCACCCCCAAUAUAAAGUGACUUGGAAGACAGAAUGAGAGAGAUGUGUAGGCUUGGGGCCGGAGGUGGGUUUGGAGAGGAGGCCUGGGUGAAAAAGACAGUUUGGAUGAAAAGACUUCUCUGGCAAAGACUUGCAGGAUAAUGACUAUAAUAGUGGUAAUGUUACUGGGAUAGUACGGGGCACCGGCCUACCGGGGCCUAUCGGGAAGGGGAGACCAGCCCCCAGACUGCUUGGAGCUCUGCCGGGCUUGGGGGGCCAAACUAGGACGGAGCACGAUCCCCCUGCCGCAAGACAAGUGGCCGGCCUCACUCCUGUGAGGCCGGGUGAAAGGUACAGCUCUGUUUGUUGGGAAAGGGGAGGACUCCCUGCAGAGGCCUUGUCAAGCGGUGGUCAAACCAUAAUCUCUUUUCACUGGGGCCAAACUGGAGCCCAGAUGGGUUAAUUUCCAGGGUCAGACGUUGUUAGUCUCUCCUCCCCUCCCUGCCCCCACCCGCCUGGUUCUCCUCCUUUCAAGUCUUGUAAAAUAAGCAUUGGGAGGUCUCCGGAGGCUUGCGGCCUCAAAUCCCACCCUGAGGAUGCUAAAGAAAUGAAGAUGGCUUUUGGUGAUGAGGCAAAGGAGAGAAGGAGGUAUUUUGGUUGCUUUUUAAUUUCCUGGGAAGGCAGGAGGAAGAGAGGUAUUUUAAUUCAGUUUAAUACCCUGAAAAGAAGAGAUGACUUGUUGCUUUUCAAAACAGGAAUGCAUCCCCCCCCCACCCCACCCCCACCUUUGUUAUGAGACAAAAGAGGGAACCAAAGUGUCUCCCUAUGGAAAGGCAUCACUGAAAACAACUGUCCUAGGCAAAGUCGUGCAAAAUCAGGGGGAGCUUCUUUUGGAUGUUAAUUUGGUUAACAUAAACAUUCCUUUUUAAGGAAAAGUGAAGAGCAAUGGUGCUUUCAAAUCCAGUUCAAUCUGAGAUUCUGACUUGGCUGAAGGAAAUGCAAGGUUUUCUGUUAUUCUUGUUUUAAAUUUAACCCAGAACACAUGAUCCAAUAGACUAUGUUAAAAUGUUCAGGGAAAUGCUACCUUCAUUUUUUGGCCCUAACUAUAAACCUGCAUUUGGGUUUUCUUUUUUCUGCUUCUUCCCCUCCAAUUUGAAUCCUUCAGGAUAAAAAGAAAAGCAUAAUGCCUUCAGUCCUGUAAUAAAGGAAAGCUAAUUUUUUUAAUUACCAUUUUGUUCUGUUAGUUCCCAAAUCUGUUUCUAAGACAUCAUGUGUGUACUGACCCUGUCUUUGUGUGGCUAGGUGGGGAGGUGACCUGCAGAAAUGAUAGUGAAUGAAGAAGACAGUUCAAACCAUUUUUAAGGAAAGUCAUUGAAAGAAGGUAAACUUCAAAGUAAUCCUGGAGUUCUUUGAAAUAUGCUGGAUGAGUGAAAUUUAUUAAUCUUAAAUCAUGUACUUUUUCUCCUGUGAUAGUAAUCUGUUCAUUUUCAUAAAUGGUCUGUCCGAAGCUAAGCAGAGAAUCCUGGGAGCUAAUCCUUAUUCCACCUUUGACAACACCCUCCCAAUCUUGCAACGCUCUCCUAUUUCUCAAAAACAGUUUCUAAGGACUUUUAAACAGUUUUUCGACCAUGGAGGGUAUUGUCAGGAGUGCAAGUUCCUUUUUUUAUGUGAUUUUCCGUUGAGCAGCGCUGCUUUUUAUAUAAAAAUAUUGAUGUUGUGUUUGUUAAACCUCCAAAACUGUCUCAUUUGUUGGACUUUUUAAAAACUUCCUCUACACAGUUCUUGGCAUCUGUAGUGUUGUAUCUCUUGCAUGUGAAAUUUGUAAAAUAGAGACAAGUGCAGUAUGUAUAUUUUGUAAAUCUCCCUUUUUUGUAAGAAAAUAUAUAUUGUAUUUAUACAUUUUUACUUUGAGUUCUUGUUUUGCCUUUCAAAGUCUACAAGGAAGCUCCACUUUAUCAUGUGUACAGAUCACAAAUAAAUUUUUUUAAAUACAGA